AUGGCGCUUCUCGGAAUGCUCGAGCCACUUCGUCGGGCCAUGUACGAGGUGUUUUACUUCCACCACCGGGCCUUUUCGAUCAUUGGCCUCGUUACCGUGCUGCUCCACAGCCGCACCGUGGCCUACAGCCUCGCACUGCCGCUGGCACUGUACGUCUGGACACUGCUUUGGCGGAGUCGUGCCUACUGGACGACGGCGGACGCGACCGUGUGCGACGCGUCACUGAGCCGCCGCACCGUUGUGCUCGUACUGCCGUUUACGCCCACGUCCAAGCAGUUUGCCGCAACGAUGUCGCCGGGCGCGUACUUUUUUCUUCAAGUGCCGAGUAUCUCGGGCGUCGAGUGGCAUCCGUUUUCGGGGAUUGUGACGCCGGACGGCAACUCGGUCGGGUUUUGCCUCAAAUCGCAGUCACCAGCUUCGUUUGUGCACAGAGUGCUUUGCAGUAACACGCGCGUCCUUCGCGUUCGACUGGGCGGUCCCUACGGCCGCAUCGCGCUCCCCUGGAAUGCUCUGGACGUUGUUGUUUUGGUUGCCGGUGGAGUCGGUAUCACACCGCUCCUCAAUAUCAUCAACCAACGCCGCCAGAAAGCCAAGAGUCGCAUGAGCCUGCGCGCGCCGCAGCUGCACUUGCACUGGAUCGUGCCAACGCCCGACGACCUCCUCUGCGCCGACCGCCUCAUGUUUCCGAUGCUGCCGGACGUUCAGUGUCACUACUAUGCCACCCGCGCGACGUCCGACGGUGUCGUCUCGAGCGCCUACGGCGGUGACGUGGCGUACGUGGCCAAACGCCCGGCGAUGCAGGACGUCCUCGCACUUGAUCCGUUCGAGUCGCCGCGCGUCGGCGUCGUAGCGUGCGGACCCCAAUCGCUCGUCGAUGACGCACAGUACGAAGCGGCACUGCGUGGCUUCAGCUUUCACAAGGAGCUCUUUGCCCUCGCGUGA